CCUGGUGGCUGUUCAUCGUCCAACUUAAUGAACGUUUCAGUCACCCAGAGCUCUAGAUCCUCAUUGCGGACAUCUUUUGUUUAGGCUCUGGGGAUUCCUUUGCUGAUCCAACAGCUACAGCCACAUUGCCUCUCAUCUGAGAGGUGGCGUGCAGCAUUGCCAAGGACGGUGAGCCACAGCCAAAGCACCACUGGACAGCUUGUGUCAGUCCUACCCUUUGCUGUUCAUCCUCUAAAGAAAGCCAUGUCUCUGCUAGCGUCCAUCGUCAGCAGCAACUGCCAAGAACUGUGAAGAACCUGACAUUUUAUCCUAGUUGAAAGCCGACAGUCAGCCCGGUUUGCUGGACGCCGGCAGAAGACAUGGAAUUUCUCCGCAUGGCUUCCAGAGAAGUGACCAUUACAGUACGCCUCAUUCGUUCUUUUGAGCAUCGCAAUUUCAAACCUAUAGUGUAUCAUGGAGUUAAUUUGGACCAAACUACAAAGGAAUUUAUAGUAUUUCUAAAGCAAGAUAUUCCUUUGAGGACCAGCCUGCCACCACCAUUCAGAAAUUAUAAAUACGAUAAACUAAAGAUUGUUCAUCAAGCACAUAAAUCAAAGACGAAUGAGCUUGUGUUGAGUCUGGAGGAUGACGACAGACUCAUGCUGAAGGAAGACAGCACGCUGCGAGCCGCUGGAAUCGGUGUUCUCUUGAGUCAUUUUAGUGACAUAUGUCAGGAGUUUGGUUUCGAAGGGUCCGUGUGGCUAAGCUGGAUUUAGUGUCUUUUCAUAUUAUAAAUAGGUAAGAUUGCUAUUGUUUGAAAACACAGUUUUUAUUUUGGCAUUUAUUUCUUCAAAUGCUAUUAUAUUAUUACAGCAAGUGGCACCUGUGUUAUUGACGCAUACAGAACCUAGAAUUUAGCCCCGCUUGUUACUAACGCAUAAAGCUGUAAUUAUUAUAACAGAUUGCUGUGGUAUUAAUGUACGGAUUGAAAGCUGCAUGGAAAAGAUCAGAAGCAAACUAAAAAAGAAGUCAGAGUUCGCAAUAUGAUACAGUUUUGACAUCUCAAAUAAGUGGGGAAAGAGUGAAUUAGCUAGAAAAUGAUGUCAGGCCCAUUGCCAAAGCAUUCAGGAAAAUAAAACUUAAAUCCUUAUCUCAAUCUUUAUUCCAAAAUAAGUUGUGGAUUGAUUAAAUGUCACAAUGUAAAAAAAAAUUUUUUUUUAAAUAAAAUGUAGCUUAGUAAUUUCAUAAUCAUGGGGAGAAGAGCUCUCCAAGCAUGACUUUGAAGGUAGAGCCAUAAAUCAGGGCAAAAUGAUAUAUUUGACCACGUAAAAACUAAAA